CCGGCAAUAACUACCCACCGCUCCCACUCGCUCCUCCCAGCAGCAGGCGGCGGCGGAGGCCUGCGUUCAUUGAUCCCCUUUGACCCCGACUCCCACUCCAAUUCGAUUUCAUCUUCCCACCCAACACGGAUCGAUCGUGCCAAUCCCACCCCAUAAAUCCAUCCACACAAUUUGGGAUCCGAUGGCAGAUUACGGCUAUCCCGACGGCGGCGGCGAAGAGGAGGACAUGCAGUGGCCACCGGCUCCUCCCGCCUACGGCUACCCCGACGACGACGGCGGCGGCGAGCGGCCGCCCUUCGUCCUCAUCGAUCCACGCGCCUACUUCGCCGACCGCAAGAACGCCACCACCGCCGUCAUCGAUAUGGAGGCCGGGGCCCCCAAUCUCAGGGGCCGACUCCAGGUCACCUUCUGCGCCGUCGCCCCGCCGCUCGUUUCCUACUUCUGCGUCCACGCCACCCACAUGGACCACACCGAGUUCCUCGUCGCGCCCUCCAUCCUGGCCACCGAGACCGACGGCGGCCUCGCCCUCCUACGCGCCCUCCAUCCUGCAUGCAUGUUUAAUUUCACUCCAACCCGGGCUGGACUGGGCUGGGCUGGGCUGGGCAGCACUUGGGUAGGCUCCUUUUUACUCCGACUCCCACUGCAAUUCGGUUUCAUCUCGAAUCCAUCUCCCCACCCAACCUGGAUCCAUCGCGCCCCAUAAAUCCAUCCACACACACCCGCCGACACGAAGCAACGAUCUUGUGAUCCAUCCAGCUUGAACAAGGCAAUCGAUUUGGGAUCGAUUCACGGCGACCUUGCAGACUGGGUGGAUCGAUGGCCGGCAAGCCGACACCUCCCGAUUACGGCUGCCCCGACGACGGCGGCGAGCGGCCGCCCUUUGUCCUCAUCGAUCCAAAGGCCUACUUCGCCGACCGCAAGAACGCCACCACCGCCUUCUGCGAUAUGAAGGCCCCCAAGCUCAAGGGCCAACUCCAGGUCACCUUCUGCGCCGUCGCCCCGCCGCUCGUCUCCUAGUUCUGCGUCCACGCCACCCACAUGGACCACACCGAGUUCGCCGUAUCGCCCUUCAUCGUGGCCACCGAGACCGACGGCGGCCUCGUCCUCCUAUGCGUCGUCCCCGGUAAGCGUCCAACCGAUGCCCAGCUUCUCCGAAAUCGCCAAUACUUCGUCUACGACGCCUGCUACUGCCAACUUUACCACCUCCCGCACCCUGGCCCACAACACGAAAUCAACGGCUUCUCGCUCGCCAUCAUGCGCGAGCCCAACAAAGGCACCGGCACCGGCAACCUACGCCCCCAUGGACAGGCAGAGUUCGGUCACUUCGUCGUUGCCGCACAAGCUCACUUAUUCUGGGGUAAAAAAUCUCCUCAGCUCUGCAUCUAUCACUCUGCUACCAAGACCUGGAGCAAGAAGCCGGUGGUGAUAGAUUCAUCUCCACAAAAACACUCUACAACCAAGACAUUCACCAUUGGAGGACCCAAGGGCACCGUGGCCUGGGUGGAUCUCUGGCGCAACAUCAUCUUCUGCGACGUGCUCGCCGGACGCCCCACGCUCAGCUGCCUGAAUCUGCCACCGCCCCUCAGGCCCCGCCCCAACGUGGGCGCUGGCAAUCCAAGGUCUCAUCGCAACAUUGCGGUCCUUGGCAACACCAUCAAGUAUGUCGAGAUGCUGCCUCACCCCGACAGAAGCUCCUCUACGCCCCCCUCCCAUCGUUGGGAGGUCGCGGCAUGGAGCAUCCAGAAGGCAAAUCGGUCCUGGCCCGAGGACUGGCACACCGAAGGCAACCUCGAUUCCACCCAUAUAAAGGUUGAUUCUGGUACCACAGCGGCUACCCUCCCAACCUUGUCGACUCUCCACGUUGGCCUGCCCACCCUCAGCCUGCAGAAUGAUGCCAUUUUUCACUUCCUCGCCAAGAUUGACUACCGCCAAAGCGAACACACAGCUUGGGUGCUUGCUGUUGACAUGCAGACCAAGACUAUCACGCAAGCGGCCGAGUUUCGCGCCGAGAGGACUCUUGGUUUAGCCUGGGGCUUCGACGCAAGUAGCAUCUCGGCAUAUCUCCAAACUGCUCCAGGUACACAGCAAAUACCUAAACGACCAGGGGUGCCGUUGCUGAAAUCACCUAGCAAGAAGCAUACUGGAGAUGUUGACGCCAUGGUGGCGUGAUGUUGCAUGGAAGCUGACUAUAUAUGGUAAUUCAUAUGGCAUGAUGUUGUAUGGAAGCUGUAUGACCUGAAAAUAGUAUCGAAUUAUCAUGUUUCUAGGUCACCUUCUGUGUUGUGGCCCGCCGCUCAUCUCCUACUUGUACGUCCCAAACUACUACUCACAAGGCAGAGGCACAGGACUUCAUUAAUAUAAAUAAGAGCAGGACAUAGGGUUUUAUUUC